UGUGGCUGGAUUUAUUCACGCGAGUAUCCUGUGCGGGCGGUUACUCUCUGUUCCCUCUAUAACACAACGGAAUGAGGAAGUCCCCACCUGCUCGGCCCACACUGUGUAUUAAAUCAAAUACUCCUUAUGUACCAUGCGUGACGAUCUGUUUUGUGAAGGAUGAAAAAACUUCUAUCUUUUAACUUCAUUAGAUUAUUAUCAAACGGUGGUUUUAAGAGGUUUUCUCCGAUCUGCAGACACCAGAGUGGCACGAUGAAGUACAUCCUGGUUACUGGAGGAGUGAUCUCAGGCAUCGGUAAAGGCAUCAUAGCGAGCAGCGUGGGGACGAUCCUGAAGUCCUGCGGUCUGCAUGUGACCGCCAUCAAGAUCGACCCGUACAUCAACAUAGACGCCGGCACGUUUUCCCCCUAUGAGCACGGGGAGGUGUUCGUGCUGGACGACGGCGGCGAGGUGGAUCUGGAUCUGGGGAACUACGAGCGCUUCCUGGACAUCCGGCUGACCAAAGACAACAACCUGACCACCGGGAAGAUCUACCAGUCAGUCAUCAACAAGGAGAGGAGGGGGGACUACCUGGGCAAGACUGUGCAGGUGGUGCCACACAUCACAGAUGCCAUCCAGGAGUGGGUGGUGAAGCAGGCCAAGGUUGCCGUGGAAGAUGACGGGGUAGAACCUGAAGUCUGUGUAAUAGAGCUGGGCGGCACGGUGGGAGACAUCGAGAGCAUGCCGUUCAUCGAGGCCUUCAGGCAGUUCCAGUUCAAAGUGAAGAGAGACAACUUCUGCAACAUCCACGUCAGCCUCAUCCCUCAGGUGAGAGACAUGCUGUUUUACAGGUUUCUAUGUGAAGUGUGCACCUGCAAGUACCAACAACCAUUCAGCCUGGAGCACAGAGUGAGUCGGAUCAUGUUCAGGUACAAAGCAUAGCUGAGGAACUUUUUAUUUCUAAAUCUC